AUGAGUACAACAUACCAACACACACAAUACCACGAUCAUGCUGGGAGGCAAGAUGGCACAUACUCCACGUCCAGUUCCUCCAGGCAGAGCUAUGCUGGCUCAUACUCAGGUGCAAACACACAACCAAAACCUUAUGCUGUCCUGGGUCAGCCUACACAACUUUCAGCUUCCACUUUACGGAACGAAAUCCAAGCUUGUCAGACACCAUGCCCUCAACCACCGAGCCCACAACUAGCCAACGAGACGAAUGCUCUGGCAGACACAGACGGAUUGCCGCGCAGGAAGAAUGCCAACAGUGAAAUGAUCUCACCAAACCUGCAAAUCCCAUCGUCAAUCAAUAACAGUGGUGGGAGUUUGGCUGAAUUUGCAGCCCAGAUUACGUGCCUGUUCUGGUUUGAGUCGACAGAGACCCUCCAAAAAGCUGAGAAGUUAUCGUCGUCCUCUUCUCCGGUAAAACGACUUCGAGACGAGGCUCUUCCUUCAAGCGGUUUCAAGAAAUGGGUUGCAACUAUACUUUCGACAACACAAGUAACACAGAACGUUGUUCUGCUGGCAUUGCUGUUCAUUUACCGACUCAAGACUAUUAAUCCCGCCGUCAAAGGAAGAAGUGGAAGUGAAUAUAGGCUACUGACUGUGGCUUUGAUGUUGGGCAAUAAAUUCCUGGACGAUAACACUUACACGAACAAGACGUGGGCCGAGGUGUCUGGAAUAUCCGUCACCGAAAUCCAUGUGAUGGAAGUGGAGUUUUUGAGCAACAUGCGAUAUAGUCUGUUGGCCUCCAAGGAACAGUGGCAGGAAUGGCAGAAAAAGCUUGGAAAAUUCUGGGUGUAUUGCGACAGAGCGUCAAAAGCCCCAUCAUCACCUUCUCCUUCAACAGUUUCCAGCCUUCAACCUACGUUGCCUUCGCCGCCACACUCUAUGCAAGCAUCCCCUCCCUCGAUGACAAGCAUGUACCAGUCCAGCUCAGGGCCCAUCGCAUAUAACCAAAACUGGCCGAUCAAUAAUUACUCGGCUCCUAUCGUUUCGCCGCUGUCCAAUAUGCCAGACUUGAAUGCUCGGCAUUCACGAAAACGAAGUUUUGAUGGCGAUUCAGACGAGCCUGCCCCAAAGCGGGUCACGAGACCAACGGUUCCCUGUACAACAACAUUCACCACUGGGAUGCCACCCCUUCGACAAGAUGCUCCUCGCCUACCUGUUCCGAAUUUGACAAUUUCUACAACCCAACCGCCAUACAACAACAGCUACAGUGGGGCAACGAGCGUUUCGCAAACUGUUCCCGUCCUCCCUCCUCUAAACGGCCGGGCCAUGGCAACUGUCUAUCCAUCUACUCCGUCAUGGACACCACAGCUACCCCUGCUCACACCUACGGGACCACCAGGCCAGCAGGGGACCCAUACCGCCAGUCCCAAUGGUUAUGCCACACCGUCCCGCCGACAAAGUCCACACUCCGUCCACGAUCUGUUGUCAAUGGGCUCCUCUCCUAUAUCCACUGGUUAUCCAGGUCAUAAUCCGGGCCAUAUCAGCCCAUCUUUCUAUCUCCAGCAGCGGGCCUCUCCCUAUAGACCCGUUCGCCAUGUCAAUACCCUUCUCUAUCCUCCGCCAUCCGCCUCGAUGCAUGAUUAUUCGAUGAACAUGGAUCAGAUGCAUUAUCAACCAUUAGGCAAAAGACAUGAUAUGAGAGCGGGCGUGGUUCCUGACUACGUAUCCCAUCCUCCUUAUCAGCAAUGGCCAACCCUCCCGCAACUUAAUUUCCACUCUUAA